AUGAACAAGCGAUUUGCGGAAUAUCUCACGGAAUCAAAGGAAAAGGAACUCCGUGAUAUUGCCAAUGCAAUAUGUCAUCCCGGAAAAGGCAUUCUUGCUGCGGAUGAAAGUGUUUCUACAAUUGGAAAGCGUUUCAAGAGCAUAAACUUGGAAAACACGGAAGAAAAUCGCCGUCGGUAUCGGGAACUGUUAUUCUCUACCGACCCUUCUCUCGCAAACUAUAUUUCAGGGGUUAUCCUCUUUCAUGACACGGUAUUUCAGAAAACCUCCGACAAGAAGCCUAUGCUGAGCCUUUUGAAGGGCCUGGACGGCUUAGCUGAACGAUGUGCCACUUACAAGAGGGAGGGUUGCGACUUUGCCAAAUGGCGUUGCGUGCUUAAGAUAUCUGAAAGAACACCAUCAUACCAAGCUAUGAUGGAGAACGCAAACGUACUGGCACGAUAUGCUGUCAUUUGCCAACAGCAUGGCAUUGUGCCGAUUGUGGAACCCGAAGUGCUACCCGACGGAAAGCAUGAUCUUUACGUCGCUCAACGCGUCACUGAGGAGGUCCUUUCAUUCCAGUACAAGGCCCUUGCCGAUCACCAUGUGUACCUUGAGGGCUCCUUGCUGAAACCAAAUAUGGUCACUGCCGGACACUCCUGUCCUCAGAAGUACAGCAUUGAACAAAAUGCUGUUGCCACAGUUCAGGCCCUCCAGCGCACAGUUCCUGCAGCCGUACCAGGUGUGGUGUUCCUCUCAGGUGGUCAGUCUGAGGUUGACGCCACGCGGAACCUCAAUGCUAUCAACCAGGUGAACGCCAAAAAGCCUUGGGCCCUAACAUUCAGUUUUGGGCGAGCUCUUCAGGCCUCGGUCAUCCAGGUUUGGCAAGGGAAGGAAGCCAAUAUUCAAGCUGCACAAGCUGAACUUAUUAAGCUUGCUAAGGCCAACGGAGCGGCUGCAUUGGGCAAAUUUGACGGAAAGUUGGAGGUCGCUUCCGGAGGCAAAUCACUUUUCGUGGCAAACCAUGCCUACUAG